AUGUUCUCGACCUUGUUUGAAUCGCUCAAGGACUCGUUCACGUUGCACGCCGAGGAGGCCAAGGACGUCGCGGAGGUGGUGUCGUCAUCCGCUGAGGCUGGAGGUGAGGCCGACGAGGACAAGGCUGAAGCGGCUGAGGAGGAGGAGGAGCCCGAGGAUGUGAGUUUGCUUUGCUUUGAGUGACUCGGGUGCGGUGCUGCGAUGGGGUGGAGGGGACAUGGCAUGGCGGAGGUGGUUGAUGACACCACCGGGGCGGGGGGCGGGGGGUGAGAUCGGGUCGGAACGAUUCGCAAGACGUCUGAUUGGGCGCGAUCUAGCCCCACGGGCCGGCCAUGUACUUCACCCGGCAUGCACAGCGCACCUUGAUUGAUCACACUCACAGGAGGGACAUAGCACUGACCAUAACUACCCCGCUCAUCCCGCUACGUAGGAGGCACCGGCAAUCCGAGACGGUGCGUGAAGCCGGCCCACGGCCAUCGCCGCCUCCAUCGGCCUGCUCUUUGUCACCCCAAAUCUGACCCUUCCAUCUCCUCGUUUGCCCCUUUGAGCAGCAUGCGCCGAGAAGCCGUGUGGGACCUACAAGCACCAUUUCGACCACUGCCAGAAGCGAGUGCAGGCUGGCCAGACCAUGAUCGAGGGGGAGAACUGCGUCGAGGAGUUGUGUUAGUGCAGCUCGGGGUUGGAAUGAUCGUUUCGUGAAGGUGAUGACUGAUCAACUCCCUCCCUUGUGUGCUCAAUGCAGUCCACCUGAGUUAGUCCCCUCUACAAGGCCCGACAUUCGCGCGUCCUACGCGACGCCUCCGCGCUUGCGGUCUUUCAGGGACAGGGAUGACCCUAUACUGACGUUAUUUUCUACCUCUCAUCUGAAGUGCACUGCGUCGAGGACUGCGCCGCACCCAAAAUCUUUGCCAAGCUGAAGUAA